GAGUGCGUAGCCGGAACGAUGAUUGCAGUUGCAUGUAUGCAGUUCUCUUUUUAACAAUAGAUGCUGCUGAUACAUAACAAACGGAUGUAGCGGAAAAAAAAUGAAACACGGUUUCAAAUUGCUAGCUACCAGGCAGCCAACAGCAACCCCAGCAUGCUAUUCUACCCAGUCUCAGAGAGUGUCAUAUUUAUGAAGUAUGCUGUCUAUUUAACGUUAUUCGGCUCUGCCAAGGCGAUAUCUGUUUUAAAUCUGAGCGGUCGAGUUUUUUAAUGAAGCAUUAGGACUUUACUCGUGGUAAUCAUUUUAAAUUAAAAGGGCUUGCAGUGAGAAGGAAUGGCGACUAAUCAAAAUGACUGCUGUGUCAAGGUAUCUUUGAGGAUCCGGCCUCAGAUGGCCAAGGAGAAGAUCGAAGGCUGUCACAUCUGUACGCUGGUAACCCCAGGGGAGCCCCAGGUGCUGCUGGGAAAGGACAAGGCUUUCACCUACGACUUUGUGUUUGACCGGGACUCCCAGCAGCAUGAGAUCUACAGUGCCUGUGUGGAGAAGCUCAUUGAGGGCUGCUUGGAGGGCUACAACGCCACCGUGUUCGCUUACGGGCAGACCGGGUCUGGGAAGACGUACACAAUGGGGACGGGCUUUGACAUGAACAUCAGCGCAGAGGAGCAGGGCAUCAUCCCGCGGGCCAUCAAGCACCUGUUCCAGGGGAUCGAGCACCGCAAGAGGGAGGCGCAGCAGCGUGGGGAGCAGGCACCCGAGUUCAAAGUCAGCGCGCAAUUCUUAGAGCUCUACAAUGAGGAGAUCCUGGACCUGUUUGACAGUGCGCGGGACCCAGAUGCCCGUCACAGGAAGUCCAACAUUAAAAUCCAUGAGGACAGCAGCGGAGGAAUCUACACCAGCGGGGUGACGUCACGCCUGGUUCAGUCUGAGGACGAGCUGAUUCAGUGUCUGAAGCUAGGUGCUCUGUCCCGCACCACGGCCAGCACGCAGAUGAACGCUCAGAGCUCCCGCUCGCAUGCCAUCUUCACAAUCCAGCUGUGCCAGAUGAGAGUCUGCAAACGGCCGGAGCUGGCCGAUGGUGAGAUGAAUGGCGUUCCGAACGGCCCGCUCUCCCAGCCCGUGAGUGAAUACGAGACUCUCACCGCAAAGUUUCACUUCGUGGACCUGGCGGGAUCGGAGCGCUUAAAAAGAACCGGGGCUACAGGAGAGCGGGCCAAGGAGGGCAUCUCCAUCAACUGCGGGCUGCUUGCCCUGGGGAAUGUCAUCAGUGCGCUGGGGGAUCAGAGUAAGAAGAGCUGCCACGUGCCUUACAGGGACUCCAAACUGACGAGACUUUUGCAGGACUCGCUGGGCGGCAACAGUCGGACGGUGAUGAUCGCGUGUGUGAGCCCGUCGGACCGGGACUUCAUGGAGACCCUGAAUGCGCUGAAUUAUGCCAACCGUGCGCGCAACAUCAAGAACAAGGUGGUAGUGAACCAGGACAAGACGAGCCAGCAGAUCAGUGCUCUGCGGGCCGAGAUCGCACGGCUACAGAUGGAGCUCAUGGAGUACAAGGCGGGGAAGCGUGUGGUUGGGGAGGAUGGUUCAGAGGGUUUUAGCGACCUGUUCCAAGAGAACUCGAUGCUGCAGAAGGAAUGCGACACCCUGAGGAUGAGGGUCAAGGCCAUGCAGGAGACCAUCGACGCACUCAACAACCGCAUCACACAGCUGCUGUCCAACGAGAUCUGUCAGGUCCUAGCCAAAGCCGGCGAUGGCAAUGAAGAAAUAGGUGCGUUAAUCCAGAACUACAUCAGAGAAAUCGAGGAGCUCAGGAGCAAACUGCUGGAGAGUGAGGCGAUGAACGAGUCUCUGCGGCGCAGCGUCUCUCGUCUGUCCUCCCGAUCGCCCUACGCAGCCGGACUGGCCCCCACAGGAACCCCGGGCAGCCCCACCGUCUCCAUGGAGACACAGGCCUCUGACGUCAUCAGGAGGGCGAAGCAAGACAUCGAGAAGCUGAAGAAGAAAGAAAAGAAGCAGCGAAGGAAAAGUCCGGAGAAGGAGGGAUUCAACAAGAGAGCUAAACUCCAGCAUGAGAACGGGGAGGCGGAGUCCGAUGAAGCGGAGGAGGAGGAAGAGCAGGAGGAGAGUGGCUGUGAGGAGGAGGAAGAAGAUGGGGAGGGGAGAGAGGAGGAGGAGUACGAGAGUGAGGAGAGCCUGCAGGACUCCGACUCCGACUCCGAAGAGAAAGAGAAUUACCAGGCGGACCUGGCUGAGCUGACGUGCGAGAUCGAGAUCAAGCAGAAGCUGAUUGAUGAGCUGGAGAACAGCCAGAAGAGGCUCCACACGCUGAAGCUGCAGUACGAGCAGAAACUCAUCAUGCUGCAAAACAAGAUCCGAGACACCCAGCUGGAGAGGGACCGGGUGCUGCACAACCUCAUGUCUAUGGAGAACUACACAGAGGAGAAGGCCAGUAAGAUCAAGUCGGACUACGAGAAGCGGCUAAAGGAGAUGAACCGCGACCUGCAGAAGCUGCAGGCGGCGCAGAAGGAGCAUGCGCGGCUCCUCAAGAACCAGACCCGCUACGAGAGGGAGCUCAAGAAGCUGCAGGGAGAAGUGGCUGAGAUGAAGAAAGCCAAGGUCGCUUUGAUGAAGCAGAUGAAGGAGGAGCAGCAGAGGAGGCGGCUGAUCGAGGCCAAGCGAAAUCGUGAGAUCGCCCAGCUGAAGAAGGAGCAGCGCAGGCAGGAGUAUCAAAUUCGAACUCUGGAGUCACAAAAGAGGCAACAAGAAAUAGUUCUGAAGAGGAAAACUCAGGAGGUCUCCGCUCUGCGCCGGCUCACCAAGCCCAUGUCAGACCGGGUUGCAGGGCGUGUCAGUCGGCGCAUCAACACCCUGGACUCUGGUGCGGAGCUGUCUGCCAGCACCACCUCCUCAGAGCCCGAAUCUGCGCGCUCGGUCUCCAACAUCGUGCGGCAGUGGAACAAGAAGAUCAAUGGAUACCUGGGGGAGCCCGAGCCAGCGGUCAACGGAGCAGUUAACGGAGCCCGCACCCCCAGGAAGAAGUUCCAGAGGAAGGGGGUGGGUGGCAGCUUUGCCAAAGUGGCUCGGCAGAAGUGGCAGGCUCUGGAGCGCCGGAUCAUGGACAUUGUCAUGCAGAGAAUGACCAUAACUAACAUGGAGGCAGACAUGGACCGGCUCAUCAAGAAACGGGAGGAGCUGGCGGUGCAGCAGGAGGCGCUGCUGAGGAAGCGGGAGAAAUUCCUGAAUGACCCGCUGGAGGACGAGAAGCCCCUGCAGGAGAUGAAUGAGGAGAUCGAGGUCCUGAACGCCAACAUCGACUACAUCAACGACAGCCUCUCUGACUGCCAGGCCACCAUCAUGCAGAUUGAGGAGACCAAGGACGAGCUGGAUUCUGUGGACACCUCGGUUGUCAUCAGCUCCUGCUCCCUGGCAGAAGCGCGCCACUUGCUGGAUCACUUCCUCAAGGCGUCAAUUGAGAAGGGUCUGCAGGUGGCCCAGAAGGAAACUCAGAUCAGACUGCUGGAGGGUCGGCUCAGACAGACGGACAUGACCGGCUCUGCUCAGAACCACAUGAUCCUGGACGCAUUGCGGGAGAAGGCAGAGUGCAUGCCGGAGCUGCAAGCACUCAUCCACAACGUGCAGCAAGAAAACGGAUAUGCCAGCACAGACGAGGAGGUGUCUGAGUUCAGCCAAGCUUCUGAGGGGAGUUUCUCACAGUCCUUCACCUUGAAGGUGUCUGCAAGCCAAGAUGAUUUUAAGCGGAAGACUGAGCCCAAGCUGUCUGUCCAGAUGAAAGCUGUCUCUGCAGAGUACCUGGGCCCGCCUCUGGACGUGUCCUCCAAGAACAUGGCCAGGUCCAUGGCAUCUCUCAGCGAGAUCCGAGAGAACGGAGUCAGCUUCUCCAUCAGGGACUCGUACAGCAGAGACAAGGUGUCCCGCACCAUCAGCCUCCCCACCAGGGGGAACACCUUUCCUAGGCAGUCAAGGGGACCUGAGACUUCACCACUAAACAGAAGAAAGUCCUAUGACCGGGGACAGCCCUACAGGUCUCCAGAAGGGGGGUACACCCCUCCGUCCUCCCCCCCUCUGAGACCCCGCAAUGACAGGAAUGUCUUCUCCCGUCUCACCAGUAACCAGAGCCAGGGUUCUGCGCUGGACAAGUCUGACGACAGUGACUCCUCUCUCUCGGAGGUGCUGAGGGGUGCCAUUAAUCCCAUUGGGGGUAUCAAAGGUGCCAGGACAGCCCCUCUGCAGUGUGUGUCAGUGGCAGAGGGGCACUCCAAACCAGUGCUGUGUCUGGACGCCACCGAUGAGCUGCUCUUCACCGGAUCCAAAGAUCGGACCUGUAAGAUGUGGAACCUGGUGACGGGACAGGAGAUCAUCACUCUGAGAGGCCACCCCAACAACGUGGUCUCAGUGAAGUACUGCAGCAGCGCCUGCCUGGUCUUCACCGUCUCCACCUCGUACAUCAAAGUGUGGGACAUCCGGGACACCUCCAAGUGUGUGCGCACACUCAUGUCGUCCGGUCAGGUCAUUUCGGGAGACGCCUGUGCCAGCAACACCACUCGAACCGUCACCACUGCGCAGGGCGAGUUCCAGAUCAACCAGAUUGCUCUCAACCCCUCCGGAUCCAUGCUCUACGCUGCUGCGGGGAACACUGUCCGCACCUGGGACCUCAACAGGAUGCAGGCGAUGGGGAAGCUGACCGGACACAUUGGCUCUGUGAUGUGCCUGACUGUGGGCCAGACAGCUGGAAACCAUGACCAGGUCAUCACUGGAUCCAAGGACCACUAUGUCAAGAUGUUUGAUAACGCUGAGGGGACAGUGGGGAACGUGGGCCCCACUCACAACUUCGAGCCCCCCCACUACGAUGGCAUUGAGUGCCUGGCGAUCCAGGGGGACAUCCUGUUCAGCGGGUCCAGGGACAACGGGAUUAAGAAAUGGGAUCUGGAGCAGCAGGAGCUCCUACAGCAAAUCCCAAAUGCUCACAAGGACUGGGUGAGUGCCCUGGCGUACGUGCCCGGCCGGCCCAUGCUUCUCAGUGGCUGCCGAGGAGGCAUGCUCAAGGUGUGGAACGUGGACAACUUCACCCCCAUUGGAGAGAUCAAAGGGCAUGACAGCCCCAUCAACGCCAUCUGUACCAAUUCCAAGCAGAUCUUCACUGCAUCCAGUGAUUGUUGGGUAAAGUUAUGGAAUUAUGUUCCUGGCCUCACUCCCUGCCUCCCGCGCCGGGUCCUAGCCAUCAAGGGCCGUGCCACGACCCUGCCCUGAGCCUCCUCCUUCACUGUCCCUGCUUCUCUGCUCUGCGUGAUCUGAGUGUGAAGAUCUGGCAUGCGAGAAUCGGGAAGAUUAGCUGAUUUGCUGCCGUGGUGGAGGAGUGCAGGACUUGCCGGACACAGACUCUGUGCAGCUCCAGCCGGGUGCAGUAUCCACCUCAUCUUGCUUCCCACAGCAGCACUUUGAUCAAUCAACUACUUGAAACUGAACAUCGCUGCUUUUGAUGUUGCAAGGCCCAUCCUGUUGCCUUGUUAGCAUUUUAUGAAAGGCCUCUGGAGUAAAAACAAUUGGCGAGGGGGGGGGGGGGGGGGGGCUUGGCGCUGCACUGUAAUGCUGAGGAAAGCUUCAAUUGUGAUUGUGAAGCUCUAUGUCUAGUUUACAGGACAGUGUGCCUGCUCAAAGUGCCCGUCCUCCCUGCAGCAAGAGGAGGUUAAUACUGCCUUCGAAAUGUAUCAGUGCCAACCUAAGUGUGUCUUUUCUUGGAUGCUUCUUGAACAGUGGUCAACUAUACAGACUGACAUUCUUUCAGAGGCAAAGACACCCAACACUGAGAAGUGGAAAUCCUUUUAGAAUUUGUAUGCUUUAAAAGUGCCCAUGCUAGCUUCAUAGAAUAGAUGAAAGGGCUGUUUAAAUAGCAACAAGGAAGUCUGGGUUUCAUGUGAUCCCACUCUUAAAGGGGCAGUGUCCCAAAACAUGCUUUUAAAUAUUUUUUUUUUUUUUUUUUUUGCAUGCUUUUAUCCUGCCUGUUGAGCUCCCAUAAUGCCCUUGCAGAGGACCCCUGUUGCAGCUCCUGGUUUAUUAUUAAUACUGAAUCCGCGGGCUGAAGGCAGGCAGGUUUCAAAGAGGAGUGAAGAUUGGGUCUUGCCAGCUUAACACCCCUUAAGGGAAUGGAAGGAAUGCUUCUUUCUUUUUGUUCCAGCAGAGGGCACAGAAGACUAAACUAAUAGACAUGAUCAAGGUCACUGGACUGUUGCCAUGGUACACUUUGACGAGCUGUCACUUUGAAAUCAGCUGACCUUUUCAAGCUGGUGCCUACAAACAUUGUGUAUUAAAGGGGUACCUGUAGUGGCAGUGAAUCUAGAAUCAUUUCAAUAGAAAACAUGUGGCUGAAAACUUUUGACACAAUUUAAAGCCCCAGCUCGGCCAGUUUACGAUAUAAAAGCAAUAAAACAACGUUCUGCUUCUGUGUGUUGGGUCUCUCAUGACGUCGGGUCGUUGAUUUCCCUGUUUCAGAGCACUGAUAGUCUAUGGCUGCAGCUAACAAAAUUAUUUGCGACGGCAUUGAUCCGAUUAUUAUGGAUGAAAUAAAGUCCAGUAGAAGGUUACUUAUAUGAAGCGUGGAGGUCCGACUGCCCCAGUUUAGCGUUGUCAGGCAGCGAUAGUGAAUAUUCAGUAACAAGGAGCUGCAAUCAGCCUAAUCUGAGAAAACUGAACCAAAAAGGCUCCAGAUACUUCAUCACUUGCAGUAAAUGUGUUUUAUGGAAAAAUCGCUGCGUCAAUUGUCUGUGUCAAUUGUUUAUAUACAAAACCUCCAUACUAUUAUUAUUAUUAUACAAUCUAUUAGAACUCCCGGAGUUUACAGCCUUAAGGCUACCUAGUAAGAGUGUAGGUUUAUUAUCCUGAAACGAAGAGAAAGGGAGCAGUACCAGUCAGAAAGAGAAAGGAGGAAACACACAAACAGGCAGUUUCAACAGACGAGAAAACAGCAUUGCGAGCCACUGCACACAAACACAC